AUGGUGUCUUCCGUUGCGUGGGCGCUUCUCAACCUGCCCCCACAACCUCCUUCCCAAACUGUCCCCAAAACCCCCUUCCCAACCUGCCCCUACAACCCCCCUCCCAACCUGCCCCCACAACCCCCUUCCCAACCUGCCCCAACAACCCCCCUCCCAACCUGCCCCCACAACCCCCCUCCCAACCUGCCCCCACAACCCCCUUCCCAACCUGACCCCACAACCCCCCUCCCAACCUGCCCCCACAACCCCCUUCCCAACCUGCCCCCACAACCCCCUUCCCAACCUGACCCCACAACUCCCCCUCCCAACCUGCCCCCACAACCCCCCUCCCAACCUGCCCCCACAACUCUCCCUCCCAACCUGCCCCACAACCCCCUUCCCAACCUGACCCCACAACCCCCCUCCCAACCUGCCCCAACAACCCCCUUCCAAACCUGCCCCCACAACUCUCCCUCCCAACCUGCCCCCACAACCCCCCUCCCAACCUGCCCCCACAACCCCCCUCCCAACCUGACCCCACAACCCCCCUCCCAACCUGCCCCCACAACCCCCUUCCCAACCUGCCCCCACAACUCCCCCUCCCAACCUGCCCCACAACCCCCUUCCCAACCUGACCCCACAACCCCCCUCCCAACCUGA